UAAGAAGAACUGAAUUCGCUAAGGAUGGAUAUUACAGUUCAAAUAUCUAUUAAUCAUUAUACGCGGUCGCUUAAGAGAACUCUAUAGAAGCCAUCACAACUUUACAAGUACUUUUUAUGAAUAGCUGAAAUUCAGUGAGAUAUUUAUAAACAAAUGAUUGACAAAAAGAAAAGAAAAAAUGUGGAAGAUAUUUAUUGUGAUAUACGUGCUUGUUGAAUCACAUGGUUUAGUUUGUGCAAACUAUGAGCCGGUGAUCCUGGAACCCAGGAAAACAUACACAGCGCAACUAAAUGGUACGGUGUGCUUGAAAUGCCAGCUCAAAACACAAUAUGUGAAUAACAGCCAAAAAAUAUUAGUAUAUUGGACAAAGGACGGAAUUGUUCUUCGUAAGGCAAGAGACAGCCGUUUUCACGUCCUUGCGAAUGUUUGUUUACAGAUCAAGAACUUGCAGUCGUCCGAUCACGGAAACUACUCGUGUCAUGCCGUAAACAGUUACGGUACAGCGCACGCUUUACGCGUUCUUGUUGUGUCUAACCGAAAGAGGAAUGGUGGAACGACGACAACCAAUAAAAAUGGGACUAACGCUGGCAAAUGGCAUCCGAUGUUUGACGAUGAACUAAAAGUGCUUGAAAAGAACGUGAAAAAAAGAAUCCGUGUUGGCAAUAAAGCAAAAUUUAAAUGUGCUAUUGUGGCGACUCCCCCGCCCUUAGUGAAAUGGUACUACAAUGGGAACUUGAUCCAACCCUCUGACGGUGUGAUCAUCAGAGCAAGGAAGAAGAAAAAUUUGUUAAUUAUAUCGAGGUUUGCAAAAGAUGACGUCGGGAAAUACACUUGCGUCGCUACGAAUGGAAAGAAGACGGUGAACAUGUCCUUCCUUGUCGAUGUGUAUGAACCGUUGGUGUUUCAAAAAGAAAAUUUUAGCUGGGUGCUGAAGCCUGGAGAUAACGUCACCUUGCCGUGUGCUUUAGCCGCCGAUAAAGUGGAAUAUAUUCACUGGAGUCGGCAAAUAAACAACCGACACGAUCUCCAGAAAGACGUGAACCGUUCUUCACGGAGCUUUCAACUCUCUCAACAGCAGCACAUUGUUAACGGUACCAUCGUUAAUGAUUAUAUUCUGCUUAAUGUCAGCGAGAGAAUGCAUGCAGGGACGUAUACAUGCCAGGCUGGUUUUUACGGUGAUAAAGUGUUAACAGACGUGAAAGUGUAUCAUCUUUCUUUUAGCAGAGAUGAAAUAACUCCAGUUGAAAUAGAAAAAAAACCAGCGAGUUUGUUAACGGUUGCAAUUUCUGUUUCUGGUGGAGCACUUUCCAUCAUCAUCAUUUUAUUUUGUGUCAGGUGCCGACGAAAGCAAACCAAGCUUCUAAGCAGAGCAGAACAUUCGAAAUACGAUCGCCGUGCCGAUGACGAAGAAGAGACUAUGUCGUUGAAAAUUUUACCCGAGUAUCCGACAGGCUCCUUGACCAUUCAUCGGAAAUCGACGGAGGAUUCAAAUGACAAUAUUUAUACAACGAUAAAAAAUACGAUAGAAUUUACCGAAUUGGGAACCCUUGAAACUAAAAUUGUUCAAUCACCACAAGUUAAUCAAAGCGAUUCAAAUUUCGAUCCAAAUAAUUUAAGUAGAAAUAAUAGUAGCAUUGAAACUACGGCAGCCGAAAAUUGUAUAGACGGUGUAUUUUGUAACGACAAUUUAAAGGGCUGUGCGAAGAAUACGUGGCCUGGUCAAAGACUUUUACCGGGAGAUCCGGAGUACGAAGGAUUAGGCGAAGAAGAUCGUUUAAUUCCUCGGAAAAAGAGACCGUGUGAAAAUAGUGAUAUAUAUACAAAAAGAAAAGAUGACACAAAUGAGCGGACUAAAAACCCCAUACAUCACUCCCACUGUGGUGUUUUAGACGAUGAUAUACCGCCGCUAAUAAUCUCGCAUUCCCCACCUGAGGAGGAGGACAAGUUAUUACAACGAGAAAUGAAAAUGUGGGAACCUCUCAUUAAAACUAGUAAUAAUUCAUCUAUAAACAAUGACAUGAACGAUGUUAGAACAAGUAGCAAGAUAUUAUCGCCUCGUUGUCAUGAAUUGGCGCCUAGUAACUCAAAACAUACGAAUCAUUUAGUUCUUUGAAACGCCUUUACAAAAGGUUGCUUUUAUAAAGCAGUUUUCUUUCUUUAACUUUUUUACUUGUUUGUUCAUAUUAUGUUAUCCCUUGUUCUGUUUACAUUGAUUGCUUUCCAAUUUUCUCAAUGCUUUAAGCCCCUUUUACACAGCAAAAAAACUUUUUUUACGAAACUUCUUUUUUCAUUGUCUAUCGUGGUGUUUCGUUGACUCUUCCUAGUGUGGAUUGUACUUUCGUGUGUCCUGUAAUUAUCAAGACAAAUUCCCCCUAUUAUUAGCAUAUUCAAACCGGACUUACGAAAAAAAUGUUUAUUUUCUAUAUAUAUAUACAGUAAAUUAUUUACGACAUAUAUCGUCAGAAUUUGUAAAUGCAGAAAGAUGUAAAUUCAUCGUGUAUAGAGUAUCUUGUACAUAUCUAAGAACUGAAACAGCAAAAAACAAUAGCAUAAAUAAUUGUGUAAUUGAUUUUAUGCAGGUUGAAA